GUUUCAGUUUGUAUUUCGCGGGUGGUUCGUGUGUGCGCUCCGUUGUCGGUGUUUGGAAUUGAAUGUUUUUGAAACGGCGAUCGGGUCUUGUGCUCGCCGGUAUUUAUAAUAAAAUAAAACCAAAAUUAAAUAGUAUAGUACCAUUGCAAGUUAUAAUUGGAAUGUGAGUGCCGCAUACCCUUGAGUUCUACGGGUCUCGUUGGAUUCUGCCUCCCACUGAGGCGCAACAGUUGUUUCGGAAUAAGAAUCUGUAUGGAAAUGAUAUCCGUGUGUGUUUUCAAAGAGUUAAACAAGAAGUUGGAUUUGUUAUUGGAAAGUACAAACACACAGCGGCACUACUCCCAUAGACACACACUCGAUGCGGCCGAGCCAACAAAUCCCCGACAAAUCUUAAACCAGUUUUAAGAUACAUAUUCUUGGUGUCAGUGUGUGCAUGUUGAUUUUUUCUGGCAUUGUUUUCGUUUUUUUAUUUCGUGCUGCUGGCUCUGCAUCUUUUUUGUGUACCCUUUUCGCUUGCCUCUGCCUCUAAUCGCGUUUCCAUUUUCUGGCCGCCGUCCAGAUCAGAGGUCUUGGUUUUGGUUUGGGUUUGGGUUCGUGGUCCGGCCGAGCAACAAGUACCCUGCCUAGUACCUAUACCUAUACCUAGAUCUAUACCCAUACCCGUACCCAUACCCAUACCAAGUGCCAGCCCGCGUCUCGCUUCGUCUCCCACCUGAAAACCCGAAAAACACGGAAAGAAACGAGCUUAGAUUCUAACGAGAUCAGCACGCCAGUUGGUAACUCUGUCCCAAUUGGUCCAAUUUGACUGCUGUGUACGAGGCACCUUUAAAAAUCCGGCGUAGAAUCGCACAAAUAAUUCCAAAAGACCACCAACAAAAGAGCUUCGAACAAUGUAACGACAACCUAAACGAUCUAAACUCAAUCGAAAGGCGGAAAAUCAUCGUAUUGCCCAAAAAUAAAAUUGAACAGACCUCACAAACCACUCCAGCGAAAUCAGCAGCAGCAUGUCUCACGGCCUGAUGUCGUGUGUGAGGGAAAACUCGCCGCCGCUGGAAUCGGAGUUGGAUGCCAGUGCCGGGGGACCAUUGUCAUUGCCGGAGGGCCACACCCACGCCCACGGCCACGCAGUCACCUCAACGCCCAUCUCCAGUCCAGGAAACGAUGCCCACCAGUCCUCGACCGCCGAUCAACAAAACCAGCAACAGAAGCGUCGCCGUUUUCACCCGCUCCGCAACUUGCGUCGCAUUUUCCGGCGUCGCACGAUCAACAGCUCCGCGGAAAGUCCUGCGGCCUGUCAGUCGCCAGGACCCGGAUCCUGCAACACUUUGCCACCACCCGCCAGUAGCAGCAGUGAGAAGAACCUUCGCAGCGGGAUAGCCCUGCCGCCAGGAUCGCCUCUGAAUCCGCAACCACUUACGGAGAGCUACCAGACCCAAUCGCUGCCCAAGUCCAAGUCCUACGGCUCCCAUCGCGAUGAACUGCUGAGCGUGCUCCUUGGCAAGAAGCGGGCCAGCAAACAGGACCACAGCCAGGUCGCAGGUCACUCCCAGCUUCAGCCCCAAUCCCAGUCGCAGUCCCAGUCGCAAUCCGAACAGGAAGCCAUGUUCCAGGCCCAGCGACAGCAUGGGGGCGUGGCCGUCUUUCCCGACGCCCUCGGUUUGAGCCGGAGCAGCUACUUUGCGGAGCAGAGAAUUCAACAGCGUCAUAUGCGCAGCGUAGGCGACUCCUCGCAGGAGCUGGAAUCCGGUUCCGGUUCGGGAUCAGGAUCGGGAUCGGCAUCGGGACCCAGUGGUGCCGCAGACAUUUCCGACAGUCAGCGCAGCCUCAGCGAAGGUCGUCUCCUGGAUGUGGACGGGGACUACUCCCGAGACACCUUGUCCCAGUCCCAUGAUAGCGUCUUCUCCGAAUCAGCAACAGCCAGCAGCCUGUCCAUAGUACUCAAGGCGGAACUCACGGAUGUCCUGCGCAAGCGACGCAAUCGACCCGAUGCCUCCGACGAGGAUUUGGGUCUGCCCCGCAGUCCGGCCUCGCCACAACGCCGGGCAGCGGGUGGAACCAGCAGCAGCAGGAGCACCUCCGGUGGGUGUCACCAGUCGCGCGGUCACCAGAGCGAGGUGUCCUCGCUCAGCCUGUUAAGUGUUAACAGUGCCGAGGCCGAAACGGAGGAUAGCCAGAGCUCCCACCACCAGCGUCACCACUCGCGGGUGUCCACCAGUUCGUCCAUCUCGGUGGGCUCGGAUAUACUGCGAUCCCAUGCCGAGGACGAUGUGGAUGCCGUGGGCGGGGAACGCCAUCGACUGUCGCAUGCGGCGGCCAAGCACAAGAUGGCCAUCAGGCCGGCCAAGAAGAAGGGUCCCACCAGGCAGCACCGCAUGACCUUGGAGACCUCCAUUCCGGAGGCCAACGAAGAUGUCCUCAAGAUGAGUCCCGGACUGAGAGCUGUUCAUGAAGCAGACCUCAAGAGCAAGACGCGUUCGUUGCCACCGAAAACUCUGACUGCCAUUGCGCCCCCCGCCCAGGUGAUAGCCGCCAGCUCGGUGACCACCAAGCGAACCAAGACAAUCGAGCAGAGCUCCACCAGCACCACGGUGAUGAGCAAGAGCUCAGCCUCUGCCACAUCACAGAUGUUCGGACUUAGGAGUCCGACUCACAAAAGCAACACAUUGCUGGAGAAUCGCGGCGAGUCCUCCACGGACGGAGAUGACUUCCUGGCCAACGAGAGGGAGCGGGAGCGCGAGAACGAGAGUGGCUUCCUGCGGCGCCUGAUCCAUCGCAACUCGAAGCGAUCCAUAGCCAGGGCCAACGAUGGCGUCGAGGACACGGACUCCAGCCAAAGCGUGGCCAAGAAGCUGCAGAUCUCGACCUCCUGCCUAGAGGCAGCUGCUCGGGAGUCGCUCCACGUGCCGGACAAGGCGCGCAGUGCCACCUCCCACGAGCAGCACGUCCAGGAGACGCGACAGACGAUCAAGCGGGAGAUUCACCACGAGGGCAAGCACGGCCUGAACGCCAUGGUCAGCAACUACGGUGUCCAUCCGCAACCACCCACAGCACUGAAGCCCAAAUCGGGCCCAGCUGCCAGGCAGCGUUACCUGCCCAAGGAACUGGGUGCUGCUCUGCCGGAGAAGACGAACGAUGUGACCAACCUGCUGUCGAAGAGCUCGCGUGGCAACGAUACCUUCCAGUCCACCACUUUGGUGCGUGAGCAGCAGACCAAAGUGGAGAGCUCCACGCACUUUGAGCGUAAGCCGCGGAUUGUGGGCCUCAGUGCCUUCCAGCAGAAGCUGUCGCGGUCCAGCGACUCAGUGGGCCAGCACUCCAGCUCCUCCAACUCGUUGGAGACCAGCACGGACGAGCCCUCGCCACUGUACUACGAGGAGAAGCAGCGCAAGACGGUGGAGAAGUCGCGAAGCUUCCGCAACUACGAGGACGAGACUGUGGACACCGCGGCCGUGCACAACAACAUGCCGAGUCUUCCCGACCUGUCGCUCAGUUUCCGGCUGCCCGCCCACUACAAGCCCGGCACGCCCCAAUCGCCCUGUUCCCCCAUGUCGCCCAGUGGCAAGUGUGUGUCGCUGGGCUUCGAGAUAAACGACAACAAGCUGCUCCAGGCCCGAGCCGAAUCCGCGGGUCAGUUGCCCUCGGUGGCGAGGAGCUCGCCGCAAAAGGCCACCACCACAAAGCUAAUUGUGAGCAGUCCGGGAGCGUCGAAUAUCUCGCAGAUCGAGCAGAACAUAGACCUUAUAGUGAAGUCACCGAUGGUGAACAUUCUGCGGAAGUCCGGUCAUGUGACGGAGAAGCUGCCCAAGGAGCCGGCCACUCCGCCCAAGCAGCGACCUAAGUUACUGGAUCUGGGAGCCAAGGUGGCAGCUCCAGCGGCGCACGCAAGUCCCAGUCCGGCCAGCCCAUUGACCAAGAGUGCCAAACUCUCCAGCAGUCCGCCCACCACGCCGGCCAAGGGCCAGAGCUCCGCCAGCGGCAGUCGCCGCAACUCCAGCCAUGUGGAGGCCACUGGCGAGCCGGAGUUCAUGAAGAUCCAGCUGAACCGCGUGGACCAGGCGCGUCUGCACAACAAGACCAAUCACUUGGUGCUGGCCAAGAACCUGAAGUCGCCCAGCGAGCGAAGUCAGAGCAGCGAUGACCUCAGCUUCCGACGGAACAGUGGCGAGAAUCUGGCGGGGAUUGAGAUUGUGGAGCAUCCGCAGCAGAAGCCACCGAGUCCGGUGGUCAGGCCGACGACCCUGGAGCCCAGUUUGAGCAGGCAGUUGCGAUCCGUGAGUGCCAACAGUGUGAGGACGAGUUACGGCAGCAGCAGCGAGGGAUUGGCAACACCGGCAUUGGUCACACCGGCCACCACUCCGAGUACGCCCAAGAGCAAUGGCUUCGCCAAGGGUGUGCCGAGGGACGUUAAGGAGCACAGGGAGCAGCCCAGUCCCAGGGACUCCGGGAAGAGCAAUCGCCUCUCGUUGGAGGAACGCAAGCGGUUGUUCCUCAGCGAGGAGCGUGCAAAGGUGGCGGAGCAGCGCAGGAAGUCGGUUACCAAGGCGGAGAGCUCUGCGCCAGCCACUCCCACGGUUACGCCAGCCACACCCGCCAUUCCCACAACUCCAGCCACGCCCGAACUGGUCGAGGUCAAUGGCAACAGCUCGCCCACCUCCAAUCCCGUGGUGCUGCGCAAGAAGUCCUUUGCCAGCUGCAAUGGCAACCCCAGUCCCUCCAAGGACGAUCCCACGCCGGAGCUGAUGAAGGUCUUUGCCCGCCGUUCGCUGAAGGUCAAGGACGACGAUGUGGUGACCCUGGCACAGGUUCAAGCUUCCGCUCCCGCUCCCGCUGCAGAGACCACGACCAAGAAGCUGCCGCCCAGCGGAGGCGGAGGUCAGAGUGUGGACAGCGACAAGGAGAACCAGUCGAACAGCGAGGAGAAGCUGGACAAGCUGGCGCCCAAGAGCGAGGCGCAGAUCAGCCAUCAUCCCAGCGGCAAUCGCAAUUCGGUGGCAGACUUUCGCAAUCUCAACAAUAACAUCAACAACAACAACAACAACAACAAUCAGCAGCAGCAUCAGCACCAGAAGGUGCCGCCCAAGGUGGUCACCUAUCUGCCGCCCAUCAAGGUCAGCAAUCAAGGACGCAAUAGCCUGAACAACAACAUCAGCAACAACAAUGGCAGUGUAAGGCCCGCUGGCGAAAGGUUCUCGCUGCAACUAAAGCAGUCCAACCCGGCAGCAACUACUCCAACGUCUCCGGUGGCAGCAGCAGCAGCAGCAACAGCAGCAGUAGCAACAGCAGCAGCAGCAACAGUAACAGCACCCAACAAACCCAUCGAGCGAUCAGCCACAGUGGGUGAAUUCAAGGGAAUCCACCAGAGACGCGCCGAGUGGGAGCAGCGGGCCAAGGAGGCGCUGAAAUAGAGGAUGGAGGAAUGGACCAGACUGUACCUAGCCUAGCUGCAAUCCAAGUGCUUUUGUCUAGUGAUGCGCUCUCCUUCAAGCGAACCCAGCCGAUUGGAAGGCAACAAAAUUACUAAGGGAAUAAUCAAAUUAUCAUUAUACAAUACACAUUAGCUAAAAACCUGUAAAGAAUCGCAAAAGAAAUCAAAGUUGAGGGUGCCGGAUAAGGCGAGGUCAUCCAAAGACAAUAGCGGCCUGCUCGGCUCCGGCUCCCAAAACACUGUAGGCAAUAACUAUAUAACGAUCUUCAAAAAGUGACUAGCGUAUACUUAUUUUUAGUCUAUCUGCGUAUCGUUUACAUAUUGAAAAUUAAGCUUCGUUUCGAAUUCGUUCUAUUGCAUGUCGAGAAAUGUUAUAAAAUAAACAAAGAAUGCAACUAACUCUUAACUGACAAAAAAGAAAUAAAAACUGUAAGGACUGUGAGUAUAACUAUGAGAAGCAAGGAGCCUGAUAUUCGAAGCAUCUGAUUUACGUUAAGUUGAUAUUUUGCAAGCUUUUAAUCGGUAGAAAAGAAUGAUUUUACUAACUAGGCUUAACUAUUAUUACUUUUUAGCAUCGUACCUAUGUUUCAACAACUUGUUUAUUGCAUAAUCUAUGAUGUCUGCUGAGAUUACAGAUCCACGAAUUCAUAUUCAUACCCAAGUGUAUUUAAAACAUUGCGAUUGUACAAUUGUUGUUAAAGAGACAAGUUUGUAAAUGUACAUAAAACAAUAAACUAAUAAAUAUCCGAGUAAA